UAAGAUUUGGAGAGCAGGUAAGACAACUAGUGAACGACUUUCUAGUCACGUUUGCUGCUGUGUGAAUGGGACGGAAAGAUUAGCUUUAUUUUAACAUCUGGCAGCUGAAAUUCUGUGCAGUUGAUUGACUCUCCGUCACACGAUAUGGCGAACGUUGCCCGAUCAGCUCCAGGUGGAUCAGCGCAAGCAGGGAAAAUCUUCCAGUUCAAAUUGGUCCUCUUGGGUGAAGCCGCGGUGGGCAAGAGCAGUUUAGUGCUCAGAUUCGUUAAGGGCCAUUUCCAUGAGUAUCAGGAAAGCACGAUCGGUGCGGCGUUUCUCACACAGACCGUGUGUCUGGACGAGACGACUGUGAAGUUCGAGAUAUGGGACACAGCGGGACAGGAGCGCUAUCACAGUCUGGCACCCAUGUAUUACCGUGGCGCCCAGGCCGCCAUCAUCGUCUACGACAUAACGAAUCAUGAAUCUUUCAACAAAGCCAAGGCCUGGGUCCGGGAGUUGCAGCGUCAGGCCAAUCCCAACAUCGUCAUCGCUCUGGCGGGCAACAAGGCCGAUCUGGCCAGUAAGCGGAUGGUGGAGUAUGAAGAGGCGCAGACGUAUGCCGACGAGCAGGGACUGCUGUUUAUGGAGACAUCGGCCAAGACGGCCAUGAAUGUCAAUGACAUCUUCUUAGCCAUUGCCAAGAAAUUACCUAAGACCGAGCCAGCCGGGGCCCGGGCCCAGGGCCAGACGGUCAGUGUGGGCGCGACCAACGGGAACGCCGAGGCCAAAGGCGGUUGUUGCGGUGGCAAGUGAGGACGGAGGAUUCGGUGCGUUGUACACCGUUUGUAGAGCUGAUUGCCUGGUAUCUCUCCCUCUCCACGAUUUUCUGUUUCAUUUUGAGAAUACAUUCUUACAGAGAAAGGUGCACCAAAUGCUUUUAUAGUUGAACAAAGGUCUGUUUGGAAGGCUAUCAUUCUGGUGUGUUAAUUUUAAUGUAUCACGUGUGUGCUGUAUGCAUGGACAUUUUUUCACUUUCAGUUAUUUCCUGCUGUCAUGGCUGAUAAAUACGGUUUUGCGGCAUUCGUAUUUCUUUUUAUUUUCAUGAUCUGAUCAUUCAGAUUGUGAAUUUGCUGCACUUUUGCUGACGUAUUUACUGCGUACAUAUGAAUGCUUAUCGAUUA